UUUAUAGCAUCUAUGAACUUAAGUAAGUCACCUACAUCUGGAAAGAAAACUUGCAAAAGAGUGAGAACUCCUGAAGCAUCUUCGGGGUUCAAUGCAAGGAGAAGCUCCCAGAAGCUGGAGAGCUCUGCAGUGAGAACUGGUGCUGACCAGGAGGGUUUCAUGGAUCUUGGCAACAAGUCUGCUUUACCAAAACCCAAGAAAAGAAGAAGUGCAAGACAGCAGCUGGGCAUGUUUGUGAAUUUUCGUGCUCAAAUACUUCCUGUGGACUGUGGGGAGAUGAGGGGGCUGUUAAUUAAGAGGAAACUGGAACGAGGAGCCACGAGGAAGUGCAUAAGAACUGAGGAUGGAAACUGGCUCACCCCCAAGGAAUUUGAAGUCAGAGGAGGCUACGAAAAAGCAAGUAACUGGAAGACCAGCCUGACCUGUGGUGGAAAAACCCUAAAACGGCUGAUGGAGCUUGGAUGUAUGCGUUCACCUCCCAUUACACGUGAAAUCAAAAACAAGGAGAAAAAGUCAGACAAAUGCAAGAUAUGCCAGGAUGGAGGAAAGCUCUUCUGCUGUGAAAAUUGUCAUAGCUUCUUUCAUGGGGAUUGUCACCUCCCACCUGUGAACACAAAGAGGAAUGGUUGGAACUGUACCUUCUGUACAAUAGAAAAUUCUUCCCGAAGUCUGCAGUGUUACAGAGAAUCUGAGGUCCUGGAAAAGCAGAUGGGGCAUGAAAAGUUGAAAUGUGAGUUCCUUCUCUUAAAGGUCUAUCACCAUUUAGAGAGCAACAUUUUCCCAAAUAUUCCACAUGAAAAUUAUGUUACAACGGCUUCUCAAUACCUAGUAAAACUUAGGAAGUUGGACAUAAUUAAGAAGAAACUAACCAAGGAAAAUUACUGCAAAGUGAAAGAUUUUAAGGAGGCCAUGGACAAAGUUUUUCAGGAUCCCAGGUGUGAGAAGUUACACUUAAACCAGGAAGAAUUUAUGAAGAAUUUCAGAAAGGUCUUCACUAUUCAUGAAACAAAUUAGAACAGUGCACUGCUACAGUGCAUGCUCUUGGCACCCUGAAACAGCACACUGCUUUCUGAAAGAUUUCUUAUCCCUCUGCUGCUAUGAGCUUGGCUGCUGAUGUCACCUCUCCCCAAUGUGCAUUGCUUUCGGCAAAUAGAUCCAUAAUCACCUGAAAGUUACAUUUCUUUGGCCUGGGGGUUGGUUCCCAUCCACAAGGUUGAAACAACUAUGUGCAGUGACUUAUGUUUCCAUGUCCUCCAGGGACUCAGGCUAGAGCUAUUGUCCAGCUAUGACCACAUCCUUGCUUAGCUUUCUCCUCCACGGUAUCCUGUAUCCCCUACCCUCCUCCUCCUGAGAGAAUUCUAACAAUAAAUCAGGUAUUCAAGAGA